CUUGGAUUGAAACUGGAAUUCUCGUCGUUAAAUGAGAAUGCUGAUGAAAGUUUCCUACACUUUCCUCCCCUCCCCACACCACCACCCGGUAGAAUAAUAAAAAGACCAGAGUCAAAAUAAGAAAUAACUUGAAAAGAUAUAUCCUUUUUUUUUUAGCUUGUGUAGAAUUUCGAGUCAUUGUUUACAUGCUCGAUUAGGGAGGGGGGGGGAGAGAGGAGGAACAACUUAAAGACCAGUUUAGAAUAAUAUUUUAUCUUUAUCAAAAAUCAAUUCAACUUGUAACUUUGCCAACCCUUUCGAAAAAAUGUCACAAAUAACUCGACAUUCAUUUGUUUAUUUUUCAAGAUUUUCUGCUCUUCCCCCAUAUUUUUUUCCUCCUAGCUAUUAGCUUACUCUAUGAAUCGUGCACACAAAUACAUGUGUACACAAGUAAGUAAAUAAUUUUAAUGAUGCACGCGUUAGAGUCAUCAUCUUUUUUUGAUAAAUAAAAUCAUUAAUAUACAUAUAAUGGAAAAUAUGAUCUUGCUCGUUUACUAUACCGAGUACGAAACGGAAGAGGAAGACAAAUAGCAAUCAAAGGAGUACACAGCAAAGUUACAUUAGCAAAAUGACAGAGAAAAAGAAAAGAAAAGAAAAGAAAAAGAAAAAGAAAAAAAGAUCGAAGGACGGACUAUGAGGGGAUCUCGCAUUGAACGAAUGAAUUCGUGAGUGAGUCUCAUCGUUGUCAACGUUGACAACAACUGGGAGAGGCAGAGGUUCGACGAACUAGCCAAUCGUGGGAGCCCGUGUACCUGAAUUCUAAUGAGGCCCACCUGGGUAUAUAUGAGCUGUUAGCCACGGUUUCGAGCACGAUUUUUCUUCGGCCGGUGUCCGGUCACCACAAAGGUGAGUCUUUUCGCUAUUUUAUUCUUCUACCGAUCUAUCGGAUUCUGGCCUUCGUUUAUCUAUCCUCUUUUCUUUCUUUUUAUUUCUUCUCUUUUGUUUCUUCAUUUUUACGAUCAAUACAAAAAAACACACACACACAUUCUCAUCGAAAUAACAUUCCUCUACUUAAGCCAAUGCGCUUUAAGAAAGUUGCCGGGUCUGGUAACAUCGAAAAUGCAUACAAACAACAUUCUAUGAUAUUGUAUGCAAAUUGAUAGUAAACGUUGAUCAUUGAAAUGAAAUAUCUUUUAUUACCUAUCUAAUUAUAUCCAGAUAAAUCUAUCUGACACUUUUCGAAUCAAUUUAUAAAAUAAUCAUUGGAUUAUUAAACUGUCGUGUGAAAUCUUUCUUGAAUUUCGAAUAUUUUCCGCGGGUAUUUGGAAAAUCGGUUUACGAGAGAUCAGAAUUUCUGCGAUGACGAUGACGAUGAAGAUGAUGAUGAUGAUAAUGAUGAUAGUGGUACUUUCCACUCCCAUAUUUUCUACCUUUUCUUUUUCUUUCUUUUGUUUUCUUCUUUUCAUUCCGAAGGAACUGGUCGGAUGAGACAAGUUAGGAUGUUGCGUUCCUGUUGCUAAUUUUUAUCAAUAACUUUGCCAACCAAUCGCGUCGCAAGUAUCCUUGCGUGUGUAAAAAGAAAAUGAAAAAAUAACGCUUAAAUUAAUUGGAAUUUAAUCGAAACCGAUCAGGGAAACCCUGACACAACCUAUCAUCUCGUUCGUUCGUUCGUUCUUCUUAUUAUUAUUUUUGUAUUCAACGGUAUAGCAAACAGUGAGUAGGAUGCAUCCCGCAUUUUAAUUUCCCCGUACACAUAAGUGCACAGAUGGAAAUCUCAAGCUCGUAUUUGCUUUGAUAGAUCGGCUCAAUCCUAUCGAAUGAACUAUAAAGAGAAAAAGAAUUAUGAAGGAUACAAGAUCUCUACGAGGACGAUGACUCACGAAUUUUUAUAUGCACCGAACAAUCUUCGAUUAAAUCUCUACAUCUAUAUAUAUAUAUUCAUCUUUCUUGUAUGAAAACUAUUUUGGUAUUCUAAUCGAAAUAAAAAGAAACAGAUAAUAUUUAUCUUUCGAUUGGUCGAUGGUACGUUAACCUCGGAUUAAAUUAAAAUUAGUUUCGAAAUAUUAGAGUGAACCAAAAUUUCGCAUUCUUUCGGUUAAUGCAAUUUUGUAGUUUGCAAAUCAAUCAAAUUAUUAUACUUUAUAUGAACUUGUUGGUACGAACCUUUUUGGUUCACCCUAAUAUCAUAUCAGUCUUUCAUUUCAAAGUUGUUUUUGUAUACGAGGCCGUGUAUCCUUACCAACCCUAACCGGUCGUGAGUAACUCGGAUAAACCCCGAGAGAUAACUUGCCCCCCACAGAAUUUUCUACUGAACCAACCAGUCGUGUUUCACUUACAUUAAUCAAGCAAGAUUUAUCGUAACCGCGAAUCAUUCGCGUUCGAACAUCGUUCAAGAAACGUUUACUAUACCUGUGUAUAGUAGCCUAGUGUUUCAAAGCUUACAAUUAAUGAAAUUGAACCUAGUGCAUUGAGAAAAUGAAGUUCUCCGUUAUGAAACUGUUGUUCUCCCUUCCCCUUCUGUUCGCGUAUUUGGCGUACACAUCAGCCGAUCAGAACGCAAGAGUUGUCUGUUACUUCAGCAACUGGGCGAUUUAUCGGCCUGGCGUUGGUAGUUAUGGCAUCAACGACAUACCUGCAGAAUUAUGCACACACGUGAUAUAUUCCUUCAUCGGUGUGAGCAAUGUCACCUGGGAAGUACUCGUCUUGGACGAGGAACUCGAUGUUCAAAAGGGUGGCUUCAAAAACUUCACCCAACUCAGACUGAAGUAUCCUCAUCUUAAAACUGAAGUCGCGGUUGGUGGUUGGGGAGAGGGUGGUAAGAAGUAUAGCAACCUCGUUACGGUGAAACAACGCAGAGAUACUUUUAUCAAAAGCGUCGUUGGUAAGUUUCCACCUUCUCUUUUAAACAACAAUUACGAUACCCUCAUUUCUUUCUAUUUUCUUCAUUGUUUCUUAAUAAUUGUUACAGAAUUCAUGUACAAAUAUGGGUUCGAUGGUUUCGAUCUCGAUUGGGAAUACCCAGGUGCCUCAGACAGGGGUGGCAAGUUUUCCGAUAAGAACAAUUUCUUCUACUUCGUUGAAGAACUCAGGCGUGCAUUCGAUAAAGAAGGUAAAGGCUGGGAAAUUACGAUGGCCGUACCCAUGGCUAAGUUCCGUCUCGACGAAGGUUACCACGUUCCCGAAUUUUGCCAGAAUUUAGACGCGAUUCAUGUUAUGUCUUACGAUCUUCGUGGAAACUGGGCUGGGUUUGCUGAUGUUCACAGUCCACUUUACAAAAGACCCCAUGACAGUUAUGCUUAUGAAAAGCUUAAUGUGCACGAUGGUCUAUUACUUUGGGAAGACAAAGGGUGUCCAGCCAAUAAAUUGGUCGUCGGUAUACCUUUCUAUGGUCGUACGUUCACCCUUGCACGUGGUAACACCAAUUACAAUCCAGGAACCUACAUAAACAAGGAAGCAGGUGGUGGUGAUCCUGGUCCGUACACACAGGCUAGGGGAUUCUUGGCAUAUUAUGAGAUCUGCACAGAAGUCAACAAUCCGAAUUCCGGCUGGACUAAGAAAUACGAUUCCAUUGGCAAAGUACCUUAUACUUACAAAGAAACACAGUGGGUUGGUUACGAAGAUCCUGACAGUGUUAAAAUCAAAACUGAUUUUAUCAAAGAAAACAGCUAUGCCGGUGCUAUGAUUUGGGCUAUCGAUAUGGACGACUUUAAUGGUCUCUGCGGAGAAAAGAAUCCUCUCAUAAAAGUCAUUCACGAUGGCUUGAAAGAUUACAAAGUACCUAAAAAAGAACAUCAAACUACACUUACGCCGGAAUGGGCAAGGCCGCCAAGUACAACAUCUUCCCCGAAUAAACCUGAGACGACGAGGGAUACCGAGGAAACGACUAGGCCAACUGUACCAACUGUACCAACGGUAAAACCAAGUUCCUCCACUUCCAAACCACCAUCACCACCUGUUGAUGACGACGAGAAAGUUGUUUGCGAAGGCGAAGAAUAUCUUCCUUCGAAAAAUUGUACCGUGUACUACCGAUGCGUUUUUGGAGUUCCUCGAAAGUACCAAUGCCCAGAUGGUCUGGUCUACGACACUAAUAUGCAUGUUUGCGUUUGGCCUGAAACUGCCGACCGAGAGGAAUGCAGAACUAAAUGAAAAAAUCAACGAUAUCGUGCUACAAACAUGAACAACAAGUUUUAUAUAUCUUUAAUAUAGAAGAAGAAGAUGGAAGUGGGAAUAAUGUAAUAAAUUGUAUACCAGUAUCUCAUCCUAUCUCCUCAUCGAAAUUAUCUUGAAGCAUUCAUUGGUACUACAUAUUAUAACUAUGCUGAUAACCAAAUUAAAAUGAUUCAAUUUCUCGUUAAG